AAUAAUCAGUCUGGAGCACUCUUGAGGUUGAGGAUGAUCGGCGUGCCGGUGGUUUCUCUCCGGAGCCACAGGCCACAGGUAGUUGGGUCGGCAGGUUGGGCUGGUGAUGGUGAAGAAGUUGGCCGGUUCCCGUCGUACGGCAUGGGAAUGGGACGGCAUGGCGGGCGGCGUGGCGCAGCGUUCAUCGCUCCUGUUCUCGCGCCAAGUUGCAUCGUCGCGCGCGGCCAAGCCAGUCAUCAGUCUCAGUCUCCGCCAGGACGCGAAACCGCGAGCAUCCGCCAGCCGUCGUUUUCCCGCUUUCCCGCCUCGCUGUGCGCCCGACCGAAUUCCAGGAUUACGCGAUUGUGUCAGUGUUUUCCAGCCCGAUUCGGAAUUAAUUUUCGCCACGUUGUCCCAGUCAGGGAUCGCUCUGAUUGUGAGAAAGCCUUUCCUCGUCGAGGUAUCAGUGUUUCCACCAUCGUGAGUCGGGAUUUUUCCCGCACCUUUGUUCUCGUCGAGAUAUUCACCGCGACAGUAGCAGCGCUUCGCUAUGUCUGCGGAGUGUGUCCAACCGUCUUCGUGAGCCAGUGAAUUGACCCGGAAGUUAGUGGAUCCUAGUCCGGGGUAAUCCUUCAUGACUCAGAGUGUAAACGUGACAUGUGCACAGUUCUCCCGACAGUCGUCAUCGACCGCGAAUUCGGGAGGUGGUUCGUGAAUCAGUGACCCCCCUCGAUGCCAAGUGCGAAAGACACGGACACGUUCCGGGCAACACCCCGCGGCCGGGUGGA